GGGGAUGGGGGAGGGAAUGAUUGAAAGGUUUUAGAAGUAUAUUUUAAGGUCCUUUAUUGGAAAAUGGAGUGCUCAUUAAAUUUAAUUCUUUGAGGACAGGGUUUCCUUUGGUUUCCUCUUUAUAUUGCUAGCACCGAUGAUUAUUAGGAACCCCAGAUAGGUACUCAGGAAAUGUCUGUUGACUGACUGAGAGAGUAAAAGUAAAAAAGGCAUAGCAGAAAUCCUGUUGUGCUUGCUCUCAGAUGACCUAGCCUUGUGACCUAGGCCUCAGUCUUGUCAAUUAGAAAUAACAUCACUGACUUCUUUACUUCCUUCUUCCUGCUUUGGAUGCCUUUUAUUGCUAGCCUGAUUGCUUGGGCUAGAACUUCUAGUGCAAUAUUGAGUAACAGUGGUGAGAGUGGGCGUUCUUGAUCUUAAGGGGAAAAGCUUUUAGUCUUUCUACAUUGAGUAUGAUAUUAGCUGUGGGUUUUUCAUAAAUGCCCUUAAUCAUGCUGAGGAAUUUUCCUUCUAUUCCUAGCUUGUUAAGUGUUUUUAUCAUGAAAGGGUGUUGGAUUUUGUCAAAUGCCUUCUGUGAGUCAAUUGAGAUGAUCUUGAGGUUUUUUUCUUUCUUUCUGUUAAUGUGUAUAUUGAUUGAUUUUUGAAUGUUGAGCUUGCAUUCUUAGGGUAAAUCCUACUUGAUCAUGGAGUAUAAUCCUGUUAGUGUUUUGUUGAGACUUCUUAAGGGAUAUUGGUAUGUAGUUUUCUUGUGGUGUCUUUGUCUGGCUUUGAUAUCAGGGUGAUGCUAGCAUCAUAGAAUGACUUAGGAAGUGUUCCCUCCUCUUCUGUUUUUUGGAAAAGUUUAAGAAGGAUUGGACUCACUUCUUUUAUCGAUGAUAGAUAAAAUUCCCCAGUGAAAAGUCCACCACUGACUUCUUGGGAGUUGUUGUGAGGAAUGACGUAGUCUAGGUGAAGGUGAUUUGCACUGCUCGUACAGAAUGUUCUUACUCUGUGUCUUUUAGUUCACUGUUUCAUAAAUACUCCGGUGUUUUUUCACAGACCACAAAGUUUAUCAGUGUGUCCUCAUUGUUGAUCAGUGUAGUUACUGACUGACUAUCUUGUUUCCUCCUCCUUGUUGUCUAUUCUUUAAAGAGCAAUUAGCUUGGGAAAAUGGCAGAAGCGGUUUUCCGUGCCCCAAAGAGGAAGAGAAAAGUAUACGAGCAUUAUGAGUCUCCAUUUCCGAUCCCUUUCGGUCAGGACCACAUUCCUAAGAAAGAAUUCCAAGUGUACCAUGCUGAAAUGAUGGACAACAAUGUAAUUGUGAGGAAUGCAGAGGCUAUUGAGCAGCUGUAUGGGAAGGGUUAUUUUGGAAAAGGUAUUCUGUCAAGAAGCCGUCCAAACUUCACAAUUUCAGAUCCUAAGCUGGUUGCUAAAUGGAAAGAUAUGAGGACAAGCAUGCCUAUAAUCACGUCAAAGAAGUACCAGCGCAGUGUGGAAUGGGCUGCAGAGCUCCUGUGUAGGCAGGGCCAGGAGGAAAGUGCCGUGCACAGCAUCCUCCAGGAUUACACCAAGCCACUUGAGCACUCUUGUUUCCAAAGGAACAAAGAGACUCAUUUGCAGGGUGAGCUCAACUCUGAAGUGGAUCCCAACCUGGAAGGCCCAGUGGGUAGAGAGAAACUUUCUGUGAUGAAUGGAGACUCUGGAGAGUCAGAUGAGGUGGAGAACCUGAGCAACCAAUCUGCCUACCCACAGGAGGGGUCCAGGCAGGAUGCUGUAACUGCAAAUGGCUCCGAUGGACUCAUGGUAGAGGGUGCUGCGCCCCUGCCCCAUGUACCGUGUGGCCACCAUGAUGACCUCAUCCUACAGCGUGGCUCUCAGCCCGAGGACAGCCGGCGCACGGGUCUUCUCUCUGCCAGAGAGAGCAGGUCUGCUCAUGAGUACGUGCUCGUGGAGGAAGUGGUUAGUGAUGUGAGCACGGGAAAGGAUGCACCGAGUGAGGAAAGACUAAUAUGCAGAAGAAAUCCAUACAGGAUCUUUGAGUACUUGCAGCUCAGCCUGGAAGAGGCAUUCUUCCUGGUCUAUGCUCUGGGAUGUCUUAGUAUUUACUAUGAGGAGGAGCCUCUAACGAUAUUGAAGCUCUGGAAAGCUUUCACUGCAGUUCAGCCCUCGUUCAGGACCACGUACAUGGCCUACCAUUACUUUCGGAGCAAGGGCUGGGUGCCCAAAGUGGGACUCAAGUAUGGAACAGACCUACUGCUGUAUCGGAAAGGCCCUGCAUUUUACCAUGCAAGUUAUUCCGUCAUUAUCGAGUUAAUUGAUGACCGUUUUGAAGGAUCUCUUCGCAGACCUUUCAGUUGGAAGUCGCUGGCUGCCCUAAGCAGGGUUUCAGUCAAUGUGUCUAAGGAACUUAUGCUGUGCUAUUUAAUAAAACCAUCUACCAUGACUGACCAAGAAAUGGAGUCACCAGAAUGUAUGAAAAGAAUUAAAGUUCAGGAGGUGAUUCUAAGUCGUUGGGUUUCUUCACGAGAGAGAAGUGACCAGGAUGAACUUUAACAACUCAACUCCACAUGUCUAGUUUCACUAACAAAUGUUUAUUGAGUCCCUACUAUAUGCCAAGUUCCAGGCUAGGUGAAAAGUCCUUUUAUUGUAACUGCCCAUUAUUAAGAAGUUUUAAAGGGCCUAGUAAAGGUGUUACUGUUAGUGUUUUAAAAGGUAGAAUUGGCAUAGGGGAGAAGAAAGAGCCCUGUGGCAGGACCUGCGUUUCUGACCCGCUGACCGAGCCUCAGUCUGCAUCCUCAUCCAUCAAGUGAGGAGGUUGCAUGAGAUGAUUCCUGGGAGGACUCUUCCAGCCACAGAGAAAUUCUGUUACUCUCUGGUUUUACUUGAAAAUGAUAAUAGUUUACAUUGAUCUGCAAAUUAUGCUUUGUAGUUUACAAAGCACUUUUGUUCAUAGGGUCCCUUUGCUACACACAUCUAAUUUGUUCCUGAAAGCAUGUUGAAGAGUGAAUUUGGGGGUUGAGAACCCUAUAUUCUGUUAUUUUAAAUGGAAAAAAUAAUAAUGGUGUCUCAAGUCACCCAAGAACUUCAACCAAUUACUCAAACGCUUAAAAAUCCUCUGGACAUCUACCGAGGACAUCUGUCAUGUAACACAUCAAGUACCUAAUUAUUUAACUCUUCCUGAACUCAUCAGUGGGCAUGUUCAUGUCAGUACAAAUGUUACACAGUAUCAGACAAAAAUAACAUCUCACAUCAGUGAGAUUGUUAUAAAAGUAAGUGGUGAAAUAAUAUUUGAAGAUACAUAAUGAAUGUAGUUAAUAUUUAAUAUACCAUAAACAAAGCCUUUUUGUUGGUUACAUCCCAGUGAAGAGUUUCAUGAGAGGCGUUUGGCAGCAAGAGGAGGGAUGUGAGCAGAGGGGAUGGGAUGGUUGCUGUUUGAUGGUGGGGGAGGGUAUGCAAGAGUGAGUGAGUGAAGGCAGGAGUGAAGCAACAAAUGUCUGAGAUCAUCCAGUGCCCGAACUGAAGAAAUAUGGACAGUUUUCUCCUUGGCACUCAAGACUUCAAAAGUAGACAGCUAUGAACUGUCUCUGCAAACGAUACCAGUUGCCGUCAAGUGGAUUCCAACUCGUGGCAACUCCAUGUAUGUCAGAAUAUAGCUGUGCUCCAUAGGAUUUUCAAUGGCUAAUUUUUCAGAAAUAGAUCU